GGUAAGGAGAUGUGGAGAGAUUGAGAUAAUAAAAAAAACCUAGAGAGGAAACCCUAAACAUCAAAUCAAACGAGGAGACAGAAUCUAACCUUAACCCUUUUUGUUUACAUUCCCAAACCACAACAAGAAGAAGAAAUCCCCUAAUUUAAUCUCGAUUGAGAAAAGAAAAGAAGAAAAAAACCCUAAAUUUAAUUUUGUGUUAUAAAGAUGGGGAAAAAGAAGAAGAGAGCUUCAAAAGUAUGGUGUUAUUACUGUGAAAGAGAAUUUGACGAUGAAAAGAUAUUAGUACAACAUCAAAAGGCUAGACAUUUUAAAUGCCAUGUUUGUCAUAAAAAGCUUUCAACAGCUGGUGGAAUGUCUAUUCAUGUUCUUCAAGUUCAUAAGGAAUCUGUUACCAAGGUACCUAAUGCUAAACCUGAUCGGGAAUCAACUGAAAUUGAGAUAUUUGGAAUGCAAGGAAUUCCUCCAGAAAUUCUGGCAGCUCAUUAUGGAGAACAAGAUGAAGAUGUCCCAUCAAAGUUAGCUAAAGUGGAAACUCCACAUUCCAAUUAUGGUGGUGGUAUGGUGCCAGGUCCAGCUGGUAUUGGGUUUCCUCCACAGUCGCAUUUUGGUGCAAUGCAGCCUAUUUACAACUCCGCAAUGGCAGUGCCGCCUCCAGGUUGGCCGCUUCCUCCUCGUCCACAACCUUGGUUUCCACAGCAGCAUCUACCACUAGUUUCAAUGCCUCAUAUGCCACCUAUGGGUUUAACACAAGUUCAGCAACCUUUAUUUCCUAUCCAGAACGUGAAACCCGCAAUUCCACCACCACUUCAUAUUACUCCACCUGGACUUCCCUCACCAGCACCUUCUCAACCUGUCUCGCAACCCCUAUUCCCUGUUAGUGGUAACAAUAUUGCUGCGUCAAUUCAAAGCUCACCUUUUUCUACACCUGCCAUUUCUGCUACAACUCCUUUAAGCUCUUCACUGGAACUUAGAAACUCAGUGGACAUCUAUUCCAGUGUGAAUGCAAAUAGCUACCGCGAUCCGAACAUCCAAGGUGGCCCUUUGAUAAACUCGCAUUCUUAUGCUUCUGGUCCCAAUACGAGUGGUCCUUCAAUCGGCCCCCCUCCCGUAAUCUCUAAUAAAGCUCCUGCUACACAGCCUGCCACAAAUGAGGUCUAUUUAGUUUGGGAUGAUGAGGCGAUGUCCAUGGAAGAAAGAAGAAUGUCAUUGGCGAAGUAUCAGGUGCAUGACGAAACUAGCCAGGUAAGUUGCAACUGCCCCCCUACUUUGGUUUUAUUUGAACAGACCCUGAGUUGCAUUGCUCAUUCCAAUUUUUGUAUGCGGACAUUAUUUUGCUGCUUUUAGUUAGAUAAUAGAUGUACUCCUAUAUAUAGACCACCCUUGAAUUUGCUUUGCUUAAUUGAGAAGAGAAAAACACAAACAAAAUUAGGUGCGAGGAUUCUGUGAACCCACUAAUUGAACAUAAUAUUUUUGAGGCCUUUUUAAAUCGAAUCUCAUGUUCUCGUUCUUGUUCCAACCAUGUUGGGGGAUGGGACAUGCUGUUCUAUUUUUUAACCACCACUUUCUCCAAUUUGCAAGCUAUUCAUUCAACUGGUUUGUGGGCAGCCAAAGAUUCAAGUAGGUAUUUAAUUUAUCUUCUCAAGUAGUUAGUCUUUAUAACUCUGACGAGUGUGCUCCAAUUGACUCGAGGGUUCUUCAACCUGGCAGCUGAACGCGAACGUGAUAUGUAUGUAUUUUUGUUUAUGUAAAAGUUAUGUAUGUUGGUACUCAUUCUCUCUCCCCCUAUGCUAUGUUUUUGUUGCAAUGAAGUAUGGGGGGUUUGUGUGGAAUGAGAAUUUAUGGCCAACGGGCUUUUUCCCAUCCGGUAGCAAUUCUUGUUAUUAUCUUUUAUCACCGUGCAAAUCAUUCUCUGUCCCAGGUCAGCUUCAUACCUAUUUAGCGAACAAAUUUGGUAUCUCUUAAGACAGAAUUUCUGAUUGUCUUUUUUUCUUCCUGUAGGGCAUGAUUAGGUCCAAUUUUUCUUCCUGAUUUUUAGUGUUUUCCUUCUUUCACAUUUCAGAUGAACUCCAUUGAUGCAGCCAUAGAUAGAAGGAUAUCAGAAAGCAGGCUUGCUGGGCGAAUGGCGUUUUGAGUGAAACAUCAAAUGGAAUGUUAGAACUCAGAAGCCAUGUUAUCAUCUCUGUCACUUGAUCUCUUUUGCUUUCAAGGGAAGGGAAGUUCAUAAAGACUCUUGAAACUUGCAUGGAACACUUGAUCUUUUUGCACUGUGUUUUUCUUGAAGAGAAAAAGAGGAAGAUUCUUCAGUAUACAGUAGACGUGAAUAGAGUAAGCCAGCAUUUUAUUGUAUUAAAUGUUUUUUUUAUUAGGAUCUGUGUUCUUUUUAUCGGGAUAAUGUUUCAUAGAAAUACCUUUUGGGUCUACUAAAUGGUCAAUCAAAAGUUUCAAUUUUUUUUUUCUUUUUCGUCUUUUGAUGCGAUCACUGAUUCACUAUAUGUUUGUGAGGUUAGGUGUCAAUCCUGUCCGUAGCAUAAAAGCUAUACAAUUGUAAUCCUUUCCUGUUCUUGCUUCUGUUGUAGAGAGGCGGGAGAGCAUAAUUUAUAAUGCUGUUUUGUCCGGUU